AGUUUUUUAAACUAAAAAAAUGGAAGCUGUAAGAUUAGUUCUUGUAUUUUCGUCCUUAUUUUUGUUAACAAUGUGUAGUGAAAAGGAGGAGUUGUAUCUCGCCCCAGACUUUACAUCCAUCGAUCGAUCUAAUUAUGUUGAUCCUCAUGACAUGUUAAAUUAUAAUCGAAAAGAAAUUCAGGAAGAAAAGGCGCUAUUAAAAACAUCCCGCGAUGAAAACAUACCUCAAAGCCCAACACACGGUCAAACAGAUGAAAGCAGGAAUAUUAUUGAGGAAGUAGGCGCUCCAAACCAGGUGGAAUUCUCUGAAAAGUCAAUGAUUCAAUCCAUGCCAGCGUUUCUAAACGAUAAGCCUGUGAACUGCUCAUCCCAACCAAAAAACACAGCUCUGGACAUACCAUUUCUUGGUCGUUUUGUUAAAAUUUUAACCACUGUGUUACAGUUAAAGGAAAAACAUAUUAAAGAUGGUGAUGUUCUUUAUAUACCACUGUUAGCAGUUGUCAAUGCAAGAACCCAAUUUGUCCUCAAUGAGAUAACAAAGGAAGGAGAAGAAAUCCAACUGAAACAUUUGGCUGAUUUAGAUGAAAUUCUCACCAACCUUCUCCUUCCAAGCAAGGAGUUAGAAUGUGAGUCUAAUCCUUCAUUUGUUGAAAUGAUAUUCCACAAUCGCCUUCUUCAACCCAAGGAUUGCAUGGUGAUGAUGUUUGUUGCAAGCCUUUGGUUUGUUUUCUGGCUUACUAUCAAAGGCUAUUCAUACUCUGACAUCCUUUCUCGAUCGUUUUUGCCAUUUUUCAUGAUAUGCUGGUUCUGGAAUUGGAACUACAUGCAUCAGAUGGCUUCAUCAAAACGAUACUCAGAUAAGUCGAAGAACAAGGAUAUUCCUGCUUCUUGUGAUCCUGAACAAAUUGGUACACUGGAAAGCCUCAAACUAAGGUUCGAGGCAUAUUGGGGUUAUCCGGAUCCCUGUGAAGAAUAUCACAGGGUAUUGCUGACCGAUCCAAGUUUUGAAGUGAAUCCUUUUACAGUUCUCUGGGACAUGCUUGUAGUCGGAAUACUUCAUCCCUUAGGAUAUAUCGGCAACCAAAUGGGAAGCUUUUUUACCGGAGUUCUUAAUUCGGCAACAGUGUUCCAAAAAAUUCCCGUGAUCGUGUGUGUUCUCGUUGUAUUGUUUUUACUUCUCGUGAUGACCUUCCGAUAUGAAGUCCAUUUACCAUUGUUUAAAAUUCGUCCAUCGCAACCGGUGUCCAUUCCUCGGUCAGGAGCUAUCCAAGACGUAAUGGAUGCAUCUGCGAUUGGCGACGCUGUAGAUCGACAUCUUCGUAUUGAACGGUCCAUUUUAACUAGACAAUCUCACUCUCAAGUUCAAGCUGUCGAAGAACGGGUGCAGAAUCCGGUCGAAGAUACUGCAGAGUCUUCCACCGUUUCUUUGCCGCCAGCAGUCAUCCACAAGCUCGGGGGUAGCCUACCUUUUAAUAACAGCGAGACUGAAAGUGAGUUGGCUGUCGAAGAACGAGUGCAGAAUCCGGUCAAAAAUCCUGCAGAGUUUUCCACCGUUUCUUUGUCGCCAGAAGUCAUCCAAGAGCUCGAGGGUAGCCUACCAUUUGACGAGAGCGGGAGUGAAAGUGAGUUAGACUCAAGCAUAGAAGUGCUGAGUGAUGAACGACUACCGGAGUGCUUACAAGACAUACAACAAAGUUCUAAAGUCGUGAGUUUUUCAACAGUAGUAGAUAAACUUCCCAAAGAUAUACUGUAAGUUAUGGUUCCAAUUAUUGUACAAAGGGAUGUUUUUAGUUAGUGAUUGUCGUCGUGGUCUCUUUUUAAAGACUUUGAUUUUCUUUAAUUGGCAACAAAAUUAUCUUUGUAAUCCUGGGUCAUGACAUAUCUUCUGCUUUUUCAG